AACAAAUUUGAAUGUGUGCAGAAUUUUAAUUGGAAGACUUACAGAACCAGUUGAGGAAUUAAUUUAUGUUCUGGAUCAGCCCAAAUGCCAUUUAGAGAUCAUUUUGAUAGUCAACCGAAUGACUGUGAAAUUGUUGUUAGUAGACAACAAAGAAUAUAUGCAGAAUCAAUUGAAACUAGACUGAAAAAUAUUGGUUUUCGAGUAGAUAUUCUCUUUCUUAAAGAAGAUAAUCUUCUUGUCCAAACAGUAGAUGAUAUAUCAGAACGUGGAUGUCUUUAUGCAAUGGUUAUCAAUCCUCAAAAUGAAAUUCAUAAUUCAGUUACUUUAAAUAUUCUUCACGGACGUCCACAAGAACAUCGAAAUAUGCCUAUAGAUGAUGCUAUAAAAUUAAUUGCUCGUAAUUACCAUGAAUAUAUUCAAAAUCAGAGAGAGAAAAUGAAUUUAAAUGCUAUUCAUGGUCAGUUUGGAAACUCGCUUAUGAAAUCUCCAGAAACUCGGUUUUUACUUAAUAUGCUUGCUGAUGGUAGAUUUCUGACUAUACUGGAAUUAGAAGUAAUAAUUAAUUAUUUAGAUGAUGUGAAAAAUAAACUAUUAGGAAUUGACAAAAGCAAAGAAAUAAUACCUGGUGAGCAGGGAACAAUUGAUCAACCAGUUAUGUCACCUAAUAUGUUGAAUAUGGUUAAUCCGGUUCAAGUUUCAUCAGUUGAUAUAUCUGGAGUUUUUGGAAAUAAGGAAGAUCCUAAAUUGAUGCAAACAGAAAUAAAUCCUGUAGAACCAGUAAAUUCAACAUACAUUAAUUUUAAUAAUCCUAAUGUACAAAAGGCAUUAGAUAAUCUUAUGCAAAAUAGUUCAUGUUUAUUAAGAAAUUUUAGUUUAAACUCAGNAUUACAUCAAAUUAAACAACAACCCAUACGAAGAUAUAAAAAAGGAUCUAACUAA